AUGAGCCUUUGGUACGUUAAGCGCAGUCAAGUUCGGUGCAACUAUCACAGGUUAGCGUCACUUCAUCGCGGAGGGACUCUUCGAACCGACUGCAUCCUCGCCGGACUCGGAGCAAGGCCCAGACAGAACUGGAUUCAAGCCGCUUGCCAUUUUGGCGUAGCACAUUCAAGGACGUCACUGGUUUGGAAAAGUCCAAUGAGCCUUCGGAAGCGUGAAGCGUGGCUUGUCUGUCGCCUGAAUUCACCCUGUUUCAGCUGGCCCCCCAGCACCGUCAUACUCGCUAAGGUGACACUGGGCUCUUGGUGUGUAGAGUAUGCGCCAGAUCGCCUCUUCACUGAGCUCAGCUGUUCUCGCCACUUCGGCCCCGCGACAGGAUCUACCAGUCGUGAGGCGGUUUUUCAAGAUCCCCUUCCGUCCUCAGACCAACCAUCGGCUAAUGAGGCAGAUCAGCGCUCCUCUCCACCCCUCGUCCCGCACAGUCUGCCCUCACAGGCCGGUCUGUACCACGGACGACCGGAUCCUUUGUUUGCCCAGUCAGCGAAAUCGGACCGUCAGAAGUCGGCCGGCUCGUGCCCCCCUUCCACUGCACCAUCACCCCCUCGCCCCUUCGGCCGGUCUCAUCUGCUCUUGGCCUCACGGUUGUCCAGCGGGGGCUCCGCCGGACUCGAAUGUGUGGCUGCGGCAGUUGGGACGGGGUGCCACGCGAACCCUGGCAGCAUGACUGAUCUCGCCAGUCAUGACAGUACCGGCUGCCGGUACCGGUUUGUGUCAGUUGGCGAUGCCACUUGGUCUACAGGUUCGGUGUUAUCGCGUGCACUUUGA